AUGAAGGCCUCCGUCGUCCUCGCUCUUUCCGCCAGCCUCGCCGCCGCUCACCCCCUCAGCAAGCGCCAGGCCGAGCUCGCGCCGUUCUUCGAACCCCACCCCGAGUCCGGCACCUGCCGCGACCCCCACCCCGGCGGCGACGACACCGGCAAGACCGAGUUCUGCGUCGGCACCAAGGUGUACUGCGCCGAGGGCUUCUACAAGCUCUUCGACGAGCCCAUCAAGACCGAGGCCGAGUGCAUCGCCUCGCGCGAGAAGACCGCCAAGAAGCUGCCCUUCCUGCAGCCCGACCAGUCCGCCUGCGGCGUGGACUUCAAGAACAAGAAGGCCAAGUCCGAGGCCUGCCAGGGCACCGAGAAGUACUGCCGCAACGGCUUCUUCAAGGCUUUCAAGGAGGAGGUCGCCAACGCGGAGGAGUGCCGUGCGGCCAGAGACGAUCCCGCCGACGCCAAGGACAAGAACGAGAACAAGAACGGCGAGACCGAGACCCCCGCUACUCCCGUGACUCCCGCCGAGGAGGCCAAGACUCCCACCGAGGAGAGCAAGGGCGAGACCGAGACCCCCGCUACCCCUGAGACUCCCGCCGAGGAGGCCAAGACUCCCACCGAGGAGAGCAAGGACGAGACCGAGACCCCCGCUACCCCUGAGACUCCCGUCGAGGAGACCCCCGCGACCCCCGAGACUCCCAAGGAGGAGGGCAGCGGCGAGACCCCCGUAACCCCCGUCAAUCCCGAGGCUCCCAAGGAGGAGGGCAACGGCGAGACCUCUGAGACUCCCACAACCCCCGAGGCCCCCACAACCCCCGAGGAGCCUGCCACCCCCGAGGAGCCUGCCACCCCCGAGCAGCCCGCCACCCCCGAGGAGGAACUGCCCGAGUGCGAGGAUGUGGUACCCGAGGACCCCGCCACUCCGGGGGUCCCCGCCGCCCCCGAGACUCCCGAGACCCCCGAGACCCCUGCCACUCCUGAGGCUCCCAAGGACGAGGGCAAGGGCGAGACCGAGACCCCCGCUACCCCGGAGACUCCCGUCGAGGAGACUCCCGCGACCCCCGAGACUCCCGAGACUCCCAAGGAGGAGGGCAGUGGCGAGACCCCCGCAACCCCCGCCACUCCCGACGCUCCCAAGGAGGAGGGCAAGACCGAGACUCCUGAGGCUCCCAAGGACGAAGGCGAGACCGAGACCGAGACCCCCGCGACUCCUGAGACUCCUAAGAAGGAGAGCAAGUAA